AGCCUCACUCCCGGACGAGCCGUCACGUGGGCGCCGGACCGGGUCGGUGCUGGCAGGUCGGCUGGUUGGUUGGCAGUUGAUCCUUGGGCCAGUGGCCUGUCGCUGAGUUCUCUGCUCUUAUGUUGGAAGGUGAGAGGGACACGGGAGCGAACGCACACCUGAGCCUCCGGGAGAGAAGCAGCGCUCAGGCAUCCAGUAGCAGCAAGAGGAGACUAAGUGGACAAAAGGAGGCAUGACUUCUGAUGCUAGUCAUGCACUGGAAGCUGCCCUGGAGCAGAUGGAUGGGAUCAUUGCAGGCACUAAAACAGUCACAGAUAUUAGUGAUGGCAACUGUGAGUCUGGCCUAUCUCCUCCAUCCUCCUGCAUGAACUCCAUAUCAGUGCUCCAUCUCAUUGAGGACCUGAGACUGGCGCUGGAGAUGUUGGCCCUUCCUCAGGAGAGAGAAGCCCUCCUGAGCCAGAUCCCUGGCCCAACGGCUUCCUACAUAAAGGAAUGGUUUGAGGACAGCUUGGUCAAUCACCACAGUGCUGCUAGUAAUGAAACCUACCAGGAACGCCUGGCACGGCUAGAAGGAGAUAAAGAGUCCCUCAUAUUACAGGUGAGCGUCCUCACAGGCCAAGUGGAAGCCCAAGGAGAGAAGAUUCGGGACCUUGAAGUGUGUCUGGAAGGACACCAGGUGAAACUCAAUGCUGCCGAAGAGAUGCUUCAGCAGGAACUGCUAAGUCGCACAUCCCUGGAGACCCAGAAAUUGGAUCUAAUGACUGAGGUGUCUGAACUGAAGCUCAAGCUGGUCGGUAUGGAGAAAGAGCAAAGAGAACAAGAGGAGAAACAGAGAAAAGCAGAGUCAGUGUUUCUCUGUGUUGCCCUGACUGUCCUAGAACUCACUGUGGACCAGACUAGUCUGGAACUCAGAAGUGGGCCUGCUUCUGUCACUCGUUUGCUGGGAUUAAAGGAGUUACUGCAAGAGCUCAAGCACCUCAAAAUCAAAGUGGAAGAGCUGGAGAAUGAAAGGAACCAGUAUGAGUGGGAGCUGAAGGCCACUAAGGCUGAGGUAGCCCAGCUGCAAGAACAGGUGGCCCUAAAAGAUGCAGAAAUUGAGCGUCUUCACAGCCAACUCUCCCGAAGUGCGGCUCUCCACAGUGACCAUGCAGAACGAGACCAAGAGAUCCACCGUCUGAAAAUGGGCAUGGAAACGCUGCUGGUUGCUAAUGAGGAUAAGGACCGUCGGAUAGAGGAGCUAACGGGGCUGUUGAACCAGUACCUAAGGGUGAAGGAGAUUGUGAUGGCAGCUCAAGGGCCUUCCGAGAGAACCCUCUCAAUCAAUGAAGAUGAAAUGGAGGGGAGCGUUAGAAAACGGAACACCACAAAUAAAAACCCUGAGGAAGUACUGAAGCAAGAGGUAUCACCACGAUGCAGCUCUCCCACCCCAGGGCCACCUCCCUUGCCGCAGAAAUCAUUGGAGACCAGGGCUCAGAAGAAACUCUCCUGUAGUCUGGAAGACUUGAGACGUGAAUCUGGGGAUAAGUGUGUCGAUGGGAACCAGCUAUCCCUGGUGGGAGAGCCCAAGGACAGCUCUUUCCCAGCGGAUCAGAAAUACCCUACAUUACCUGGGAAGCUCUCAGGCACCACGCCCAAUGGAGAAGCUGCCAAGUCUCCUCCCACUGCCUCCUCCCAGCCUGACUCUUCAGGGAGCAGCCUGCUGAGGCUGAGAGAGACAGAAAGUGGUUGGGAAGAUACAGGCGUGACCAAUGAGCUCUCAUCUACUUCAUCUGGUACUGAGUCCAGCCCCCAGUCUCCCCUGACACCAGACGGGAAACGGAGCCCCAAAGGCAUCAAGAAAUUCUGGGGAAAAAUCCGAAGAACUCAGUCAGGAAAUUUCAACACUGAUGCACCAGGGAUGGCGGAGUUUCGACGAGGUGGGCUCCGGGCGACUGCAGGGCCAAGACUUUCUAGGACCAGGGAUGCCAAGGGACAGAAAUGUGAUGCCAACGCCCCUUUUGCCCAGUGGAGCACAGAGCGUGUAUGUGCAUGGCUGGAGGAUUUCGGCCUGGCUCAGUAUGUGAUUUUUGCCAGACAGUGGGUGACAUCUGGCCAUACCCUACUGACAGCUACCCCUCAGGACAUGGAAAAGGAGCUAGGGAUUAAACACCCCCUCCAUAGAAAGAAGCUGGUUUUAGCAGUGAAAGCUAUCAACGCCAAGCAAGAAGAGAAGUCCGCACUGCUUGACCACAUUUGGGUGACACGGUGGCUUGACGAUAUUGGCUUACCCCAGUACAAAGAUCAGUUUCAUGAAUCAAGAGUUGAUGGGCGAAUGCUGCAAUACCUAACUGUGAAUGAUCUACUCUUCUUGAAAGUCACCAGCCAACUCCAUCAUCUCAGCAUCAAAUGUGCUAUUCACGUGCUACAUGUCAAUAAGUUCAACCCCCACUGCCUGCACAGGAGACCUGCUGAUGAGAGUAACCUUUCUCCUUCAGAGGUUGUCCAGUGGUCCAACCACAGGGUAAUGGAGUGGCUGCGGUCUGUGGACCUGGCAGAGUAUGCACCCAACCUUCGAGGGAGUGGUGUCCACGGCGGCCUCAUUAUCCUGGAGCCACGCUUCACUGGAGACACCCUGGCUAUGCUUCUUAAUAUCCCCCCACAGAAGACACUCCUUAGGCGCCAUCUGACCACCAAGUUCAACGCCCUGAUUGGUCCUGAAGCCGAACAGGAAAAGCGAGAUAAAAUGGCCUCACCAGCUUACACACCUCUGACCACCACAGCCAAAGUCCGGCCCAGGAAACUCGGGUUUUCCCAUUUUGGGAACAUGAGAAAAAAGAAGUUUGAUGAGUCUACGGAUUAUAUUUGCCCCAUGGAGCCUGGUGAUGCGGCCAAUGACAGCCACAGGGUCUAUGGUGUCUACGGGGGCCUUAGUCCCCUUGACAACCAUGAACUAGAUGGACUGGACCAGGUGGGACAGAUAAGCUGAUGCCCCUGUCAUCUGCCUUCUUUGUGCACCAAGAGCUUGCAAUAACACCGUGUGCCACCAUCUAACUGCACUUCCUCCACCCUUGUGCAUGACGUGCAAAAAGCAGCAAUUGUGUGCCUUUGGGCUGGUCUUCCUACACACCGUAAGGAUGGUCAGGAUAUGCAGUUACACAGCUACAACGGGGACAGACUUUGGGGGACUAUAGGACUAUAGCCAAAUGUCGACUGAGGAGAAAUCACCUGAAGAUACCUGUACAUGUUUAGUAAUUCUUACUAUCCGUAUUUCAGCUGAAAACAUUUGAACAGAGGCAGGCGCAGAGCUCCUGGGCAAUCCCAAGAGGUCCAGCUCUCAGGCACUGUACCCUAUGCUCCAGUUGAGGGAAGAAUUCAAGUGCCUUAGGCCUAUGGAGCACAGAGUCUUGGCUGAGAUAAAGGGACAACAGAGGGUCUUGUAGGCCAUGUUGAUAAUGUAAUUGGAUUGUACCUUACUAUGGGUGGCCAUUUCUUUCUGGUAAUAAAAGCAGUAUUUAUGUAGAAA